AACACAAAACUUCAAACAGUAUAUCUCCAACAUUAUUACAUAAACAGCGUAGUCAUACCUCACCCCAUUGCAGUUCUAUAUACAUACUCACAAAAUCAAUUCUUCACUCAUUUUCUUAAAGGAUCUCAAAGCACACGAUCAUAUCUCCGUUGCCUUCAAGACACUUAUCCAAGCAUUUAUCUAUCAUAAUCAUGCCAACUUCCGCAACAUUGGUGGCUCCAUCAACUGGAUCUUUCCAAAAAAAUGAUCAAGAGUGGCGUGCAAUUUUGUCUCCUGAACAGUUUAGAGUUCUCAGGGAAAAGGGCACAGAAGGCCGAGGUAAAGGAGAGUAUACCAAACUGUUCGACGACGGAACCUAUAGUUGUGCUGGCUGUGCAACUCCUCUUUAUAAGUCCACCACUAAGUUCGACUCUGGUUGUGGCUGGCCUUCCUUUUUCGAUGCUAUCCCUGGUGCCAUUAAACCGACGCCGGAGGCAGGAGGGAGAAGAAUGGAGAUCACGUGUGCGGUAUGUGAUGGACAUUUAGGUCAUGUUGUCAAAGGAGAAGGUUUUCCCACAGCGACCGAUGAGCGUCACUGCGUCAACAGCGUUUCUCUCAAGUUUUCCGAAAUUUCUUCCCAAUAAAUGGAUAUAUAUUCAUAUUUGAUGACCGCUCUUGUUCGACCAAUUCAUCUCCUUCAAGAAAAUUGAAGAUCACGUGUUUGAUCGUUUGAGAUUGUUAUAUUGUGAUUCGUUCCUAGUCAUGUGUGAGUGUGAUAUAUAUGCUCUCAUUGUUGGUUGUCACUUGUGUGAUUUUCUUUUUUUGCUUAAUUAUAAUACUUGUUAUC